ACGGCGCUCCGGCCGGCAGUUGCGGUAGGCAGCGGUGCUGCAGCAGAGAGAGGCAGCAGCAGCAGCAGCCCGCAGCCUGGCUUAGCUGGCGCGCGGGGAGCGAGGCAAGGGAGGGCAGAGCAGCCCCGGCCCUCCGCUUCUCCGGGCUGGGUAGGCGGGCAGCAGGAGCCUUCCCCCCGCCGAUGAGGACUUGAGGGGCCCGACCCCGCGAAAGAAGAGCCUUGCCAGCUGCGGAGGUGAGAGCCCAGGCGGAGCCGCCGCCGCCGCCGCUGCAGCCAUGGGCAACCGAGGGAUGGAAGAUCUCAUCCCGCUGGUCAACCGGCUCCAGGAUGCCUUCUCCGCCAUCGGCCAGAAUGCCAACCUCGACCUGCCCCAGAUCGCCGUGGUCGGGGGGCAGAGCGCGGGAAAGAGCUCGGUCUUGGAGAACUUCGUCGGAAGGGACUUUCUACCCCGCGGGUCUGGCAUUGUCACCCGCCGCCCUCUGGUCCUGCAGCUGGUUAAUGCCACCACAGAAUAUGGCGAGUUUCUACACUGCAAAGGGAAGAAGUUCACUGACUUUGAUGAGAUCCGUGCGGAAAUUGAGACGGAAACUGACAGAGCUACUGGAUCAAACAAGGGCAUUUCCCCUGUCCCUAUCAACCUGCGAGUCUACUCUCCCCAUGUUCUGAGCCUCACCCUGGUGGAUCUGCCUGGCAUGACUAAGGUUCCGGUUGGAGACCAGCCUGCUGACAUUGAGUUCCAGAUCCGUGAGAUGCUCAUGCAGUUUGUCACCAAAGAGAACUGCCUUGUCCUUGCGGUAUCCCCAGCUAAUUCAGAUCUAGCCAACUCUGAUGCGCUCAAGAUUGCGAAAGAAGUUGACCCGCAAGGCCAGCGUACCAUUGGAGUCAUAACCAAACUGGACCUGAUGGAUGAAGGAACUGAUGCACGGGAUGUCCUAGAGAACAAGCUGCUUCCGUUACGGAGAGGUUACAUUGGUGUUGUCAAUAGAAGUCAGAAGGAUAUUGAUGGGAAGAAGGACAUUAGCGCUGCACUGGCAGCAGAAAGGAAGUUCUUUCUCUCCCACCCAGCAUACAGGCACAUGGCUGAUCGCAUGGGCACCCCCUACCUGCAGAAAAUACUGAACCAGCAAUUGACCAAUCAUAUCCGAGAUACAUUGCCAGGCCUGCGGAACAAACUCCAAAGUCAGCUCCUCUCCAUUGAGAAAGAAGUAGACGAGUAUAAGAAUUUCCGCCCCGAUGACCCUGCCCGCAAGACCAAAGCUUUGCUUCAGAUGGUUCAACAGUUUGCUGUGGACUUUGAGAAACGCAUUGAAGGCUCCGGGGAUCAGAUUGAUACCUAUGAGCUGUCCGGAGGUGCUAAGAUAAACCGCAUCUUCCAUGAAAGAUUCCCCUUUGAACUGGUGAAGAUGGAAUUUGAUGAGAAAGAGCUUCGACGAGAGAUCAGCUACGCCAUCAAGAACAUCCAUGGUAUCAGAACGGGUCUCUUCACGCCUGACCUCGCUUUUGAAGCCAUAGUGAAAAAGCAGGUGCAGAAACUGAAUGAGCCGUGUCUGAAGUGUGUGGACAUGGUAGUGAGUGAGCUCACAUCCACCAUCAGAAAGUGUAGCGAAAAGCUCAGCCAGUACCCUCACCUGCGGGAGGAAAUGGAGAGAAUUGUCACAACCCACAUUCGUGAGCGAGAGGGCAGGACCAAGGAUCAGGUGAUGCUCCUGAUAGACAUUGAGCUGGCUUACAUGAACACAAACCAUGAAGAUUUCAUUGGAUUUGCCAAUGCUCAGCAGAGGAGCAGCCAGAUGAGCAAGAAGAAAACAGCAGGUAAUCAGGAUGAGAUCCUGGUGAUUCGCAAGGGCUGGCUCACCAUCAACAACAUUGGCAUCAUGAAGGGAGGCUCCAAAGAAUACUGGUUUGUCCUAACGGCCGAAAACCUCUCAUGGUACAAGGAUGAUGAGGAGAAGGAGAAGAAGUACAUGCUGCCAGUCGAUAACCUGAAGGUGCGGGAUGUCGAGAAGGGCUUCAUGUCCAGCAAAUACAUCUUUGCCCUCUUCAACACUGAACAGAGGAAUGUUUACAAAGACUACCGACAGCUGGAGCUGGCCUGUGAGACCCAGGAGGAGGUAGAUAGUUGGAAGGCCUCUUUCUUGCGUGCAGGUGUUUAUCCAGAGCGAGUUGGGGCCAGCGAGUCAGAAGAGAAUGGAUCCGACAGCUUGAUGCAUUCCAUGGACCCUCAGCUGGAAAGACAGGUGGAAACCAUCAGGAACCUGGUGGACUCCUACAUGGGCAUCGUCAACAAGACCGUUCGUGACCUCAUGCCUAAGACCAUCAUGCACCUUAUGAUAAACAAUACAAAAGAGUUUAUCCACUCGGAGCUGCUGGCAAACCUGUAUUCCUGCUCAGACCAAAACACCCUGAUGGAAGAGUCGGCUGAGCAGGCCCAGCGGCGCGAUGAGAUGCUGCGCAUGUACCAUGCCCUGAAGGAGGCGCUCCUCAUCAUCGGGGAUAUCAACACCACCACCAUCAGCACUCCCCUGCCUCCGCCGGUGGACGACUCUUGGCUGCAGGUGCAGAACAUAACAUCCGGACGCAGGUCUCCCACGUCCAGCCCCACACCGCAGAGGAGAGCUCCAGCAGUCCCGCCAGCGAGGCCUGGAUCUCGAGGCCCAGCUCCUGGACCUCCGCCUGCUGGUGGUCCCACACUGGGUGGUGCGCCCCCUGUGCCCUCUAGGCCAGGGGCCUCCCCCGAUCCUUUUGGGCCUCCCCCUCAGGUUCCAUCUCGGCCCAACCGGGCACCUCCUGGUGUCCCCAGAAUCACUAUCAGUGACCCCUGAGGACUGGCAGCCACGCCGGAAGGGCCCUGCUUCACCUACGCGACCCACCAUAAUCCGACCAGCUGAACCGACCCUCUUAGAUUUAUAGCCCGAGGCCUGUAGACAGCUGGCAACCAGCACCGUGCCUGGGGCUUUCCCGCCCCAACCAUCCAACCUCUCCCCCCCCACCCCGUAACCCACUCCUCACAGGCACCACCACUCCCCUCCUCCACCCCUUCCCAUGUGUUACAAAAUGCUCGUUAGGUAUUGAGCGCAUCUUGGUCUUCUCUUGUGCGUCCUGUAUUGCUUUGUGAGUGUAGAGUAGUCCUACUUCAGCAGCUUGGGGACCUUGAAGGACAUGAGCUCUGCGGAGGGGUCGGGCCGCAGGAGCAUCGCGGUGCACCAAAAUGGCCGCCACACCCACCCGUUGCUCAGCCCACCCGGUCUGGCCUGCGCACGGUGUCCCACCUGCAUCGACGGCUAGCUGUAGUGUCUAGUGCUAAUCUGUAGCGACGUAGCUAUUGUUUCCACUGUUGUUACGAUGAGAGAGAGAAACCCGCUCCCCACCCCCACCCCCAACUCUGGGUGAGGAAACGAACGAAUGGAUACGAUAACAAAAUGGAUCCUUCUUGGUAACCAAGGUAAUACGCCUGGUAUGUGGGUUUGAUGCAAAGUGCUAACUUGGGGGAACAGUGGCGUCAACUCCUCUCCAGGUAAGAGGCAAGCCAUCACCCAGUCGGGAGGGAAUAUUGAGCAAGCCGGGCUUCUAGCCAGAGGAGUCUUCCACGGUCUCCGCCACACAAAGGAACCAACACAAUUGCGGUCAGUUCUCCAGAAUAGCAAGGAGAUGUUGGGAGAGAGGGGCCGGCUUGUGCCAGUUGGCAUUGCCACUUGCAACUGACUUUCCACAGACCAGGAGAGAGCAAAAGGCUAUUCUUCCUCUCCACCAAACCGGACUAGCUCAUAUUUCCUGGAGAGUUUGCUGCGUAAAUGUUUUCCUGCAACUACCUUUGCUUCAGCUAUACACACACACACACACAUACAAAUAACACUCUUCAUUCAGUGUUUUGGAUAUUCUGGUGAUUCUAAUAGUCUUUACUUCUUGCAUGCUGAUGACAGUUCAAUGUAUUGUGGCUGGGGGUGUGUGUAUGUACCACUGUAACUGUUGACCCCCCUCUUACCUGGCUUCUUCAUGCCCAUGGCAAAGGGUCAAUGCAAAAACAGUUCAAGAGACCUGUGACAAACUGCCCCUCUUCAAGCCACCCUCCUUGUGAGUCUUCAGGUCAUCUCCACUUAACUAUUUAAGUUCUUUUUAACCUAGUAUGUUUGAUUUCUGUUGAAGAGCCUCUUUAUGGCGAGUUCUGAUGUCAAGUUCCUUUCCACAUUUUUAACUCUUGUUUUGCAUUUUUGUCCCUUUCCCAUCCCCUCUUCUCUUUGUUUCCUUUUGUGUUUUUUGUCUUUCUUUAAAUUCCAGCCGCCCUGGCAAAGCUAGUCCCUCUCGCCCGGAGAGUCCAAAACCACCAUUUGACAUGUAGCCUUCCUCCCUCUUGAGAUCCAUCCUUUAUCUGCCUCUUAGCUGUUCUGUCCUGGAAUGGUCCAACGCACAUCUUAAAACACACAGCUUUGUUCUGUUGUAGCUUGUGGCUUGCACAUAUCAGACGUGACUCUAGUGAAACUGGUUUUCCCCCUUCCCAGUUGCUUUAAGAGGAAUUUUAAAAAGUUAUAUUGUAGUAAUGAGAAACAUAUCUUUACUGUUAUAUAAAUAUCUAUAAAUAUAUAUAAAGAGCUGAAAUCUAUAUGGUGUCCAGACAUUUUAAGCCUUUAAUGCUUCCAAUGUUGACUUUAGCAAAUACUUGAGUAGGAAGAUGAUAUAUAUGUACACAUGUGCACCCAACAAAAUAUAACCAAACCCAGCAGUGAGCCAGGUCUCUGCUGUAUGCUGUUGGGUUUUUCUGUUGCCCCCGAAUUGUGGGUGAAUCUUUGGAGUGCUGGUAGUACUACUGUGAUGACGUCUGUGACCUGUCAACUCUUGUUUAUUGGCUGAAAUAAACUAUUUCUGUAUAAUGGAGGACUCCAUGCCUAGAAUAAAACACUCUCUCCAUGUG